AUAAAAGAAAUAGGAGAAAAAUGUUGCCGGAAGCAGUGGAUUAUAAUGAGGAGGCUAAAAAGCUUUGGUCAAGAUUAGGAGAGACUCGAAGUUUCUACAAUAACCUUGAUCCUAUUCAUAAAUCUAAAGAACAGGGUUUCAUAUUUGUUGGAUCUGACACGGCUGCCCGAGAUUUGAACAGUCUACAGUCACGUGGUAUAACAGCUGUAGUUAACUGUACAACAAACAUCAGCUGUUACCAUCUAGGAACACUAGACUAUCUGAAGUUUGAUAUUGCUGGCUGGAGAAGACACACAGAUGACAAAGAUGAAAAUGUUAAAGAGUUCCUGAAACCGGUUAUUGAGUUUGUUUUUAUUUAG